CCAACCGAGAAUCAGAAAAUUGAAAAAGGAAAAAACGCCGGGAACAUGCCCUGUGCCGUUGCAGUGACGAACUCGCCGGUGUUCUUACCAUCACCGAUGUUUCGUAAACCUAUGAUUUCUCCGUCAUCAUCGCUCUCUCUUCAUCACACAGCUCCGACGUCGUCACCGCCAUCGUCAUCUCUUCAUAAGCACACGAAUGGAUACAGUGAAGGACCGACUAUUAAUUGUGAUUCGAAUUCGUCAUCUUCGGUGGUCUUGAAGAGGAAGAGGCCGGCCAGGAUUCAGAUUCCGUUUGCACCGCUGAGUUUUGUGGAUGAGAUUGCCAAGCCGGAUGAUAACCUGUCGGAGAUCGAUGAGGAAGGGGAGGAGUAUUCGGUGUAUUGUAAAAGAGGGAAAAGGGGAGCCAUGGAGGAUAGGUACUCUGCGGUUGUUGGUCUUCAAGGAGAUUCAAAACAGGCCUUCUUUGGAGUUUUUGAUGGCCAUGGAGGUGCAAAGGCUGCAGAAUUCUCAGCAAAAAAUUUAAAUAGAAACAUAAUGUCCGAACUAGCAGACAAACAUGAAGAUGAAAUUGCAGACGCUGUUAGAGAGGGGUAUCUCGCAACAAACACGGAGUUUCUAAAAGAAGACAUCAAUGGUGGCACUUGUUGUGUGACUGCAUUGAUUCGUAAGGGCAACCUUAUAGUCUCAAAUGCAGGUGAUUGUCGUGCCGUUAUGAGCAGAAAUGGGGUGGCAGAAGCUCUCACUUCUGAUCACAAACCUUCAAGAAAAGACGAAAAAGACAGAAUCGAAGGCAUGGGCGGAUACGUUGAUUCUCGCAACGGUGUUUGGAGAAUACAAGGUUCACUUGCAGUAUCAAGAGCAAUAGGAGACAAACAUCUCACAAAAUGGGUGAUUGCAGAACCAGAAACAAGAAUAGUAAACAUUAGACCCGACUGCGAGUUCUUAAUCCUUGCUUCCGAUGGGAUCUGGGACAUGGUCAGUAACCAAGAAGCAAUAGACGUUGUACGCCCUUUUUGUGUAGGAAUCGAGAAACCCGAUCUGUUUUCCGCUUGUAAGAAGCUCGUUGGUUUAUCGACAACAAGGGGUUCUUACGACGACAUGAGUGUUAUGGUUAUCCGACUGCCUCGUUUCUCUUCUUUAACAUAUAACAGUAGUUAAAAACCUGAUUCUUGAAAGCCUAAUACAUAAACCAAACUCACCCAGAAAAUCCCACUCAGAAAUAGGACAAGAUGGAUGCAGUUCAUGUUUCUUUCACUGUUGAAAGACAGAUUGUUUUCGUGAAUACUCCAAAGGUAUUAAAUGUUUAGACUCUUAGAUCUUUAAAUCUUGAUCUGCACAAUCUAAGCUUUAU